AUGGUGGCCGUCACGAAUGAAAGUUUGGAAAAGAAAUACGAGAGUGAUGCAAGGUUGAGUGCUAAUAAUAACAAUACUAGCAAUAGUAGCAAAUGCAGAGAUCUCGCUUGCUUUGCACUAUUUCUAGCGGCACUGCUGUCCUCCAAUUUCUUUAGCGUCCAACACUUUCAUGGGUUUGAUCGUUCUACAACCGAAACGGAAGCUUUGACAGCAGUGAGAAAUGGUAUUAACCCGAGCCAACAAAACACUGUAUUGGAUACAGCAACGGAAGACGCUAGUUCUGAGGAACUAAAGCCAUAUUGUUUGAAAGCCCCAUUCUAUGGCGGUACGAGCAACAAUGUCAUUGAGGUUGGGAAAUUGUUAAGAAUUCUGAAUGACGAAGGGAAACACCGAAAGCUUGGAUUGGACAAACACUGGACGCAAUGGUACAAAUCACAUUUUGAUGAGCGACCGGAUGUCCUCUUUGAUUACUAUCCCGAUGGAGGAGACUGUGAACAAGCCUACAUUGCACAAGACGCAUUCUUUUUGGGUGACAACGACUGGGACUUGUCCUAUAUUCGUCAUCUUACACCAAGUUCGGAACACCGUGACACAGCCGAAGCGAUCAUAAAAAGCUGGCCUCAUGGCAGAAACUAUAUAUCGGUACAUCGUCGAGAUCUAGAGGGAACUUGUCAUAUAUCGGCAAGGUGUCCGCUCAAUCGAAAAGAGCGAAAGGGAACAGGACGUAAAUGUGUAGAGCAGAGGGACCCCAAUGAAGCCUGCUCUGUGGAACUACGCCUUCAAGCUUGUGACAUGGAGUACAGCAUGGUUGACAAUCCCAAGAACUUGCCUGUCAUUUUGUUCACUGACCGACAGGUGCCUGAUAAAGACUCAACCUUUCCACAAAUAUUCAACGAAACAGCCCCAAUGUUUGUGGAGAUGUGGCUAAUGGCCCAGUCGCAGACACAUUGGGGAAACCCGAGAUCUUCAGUGGAUGCUGUUGUGUCUAGCUGGCGAAACGGGAUGGGAUUGGAGCCAAAGCCAUGUUACGGACCUGAUAAAAUACUCUUUCAGAUGUGA